CGCCUUCGCUGUGCUGGGCCCAGGUCUUUGUGGCCGUCGGAAAAGAGAAGCGAUACGACGUAUCUGCUGGCAACGCUAUCAUUUGCAGUCUUAGCAUGUGGGGCGCCGGCGGUAUCCAUCAACGGCCAAUGUUCAACUAAAUAAAGCUACAUGCCCGUCCGGGCUUUUGUUGCUCAAGGUGGGGUUGGUGCGGAACGAGCGCUGACCACUGCGCUGCCGGUUGUCAGCUCAACUUUGGAAAUUGCUGGACCUCCACGAGCAGUAGGACGAGUGCGAUCACACGCAUCACAACAACAUCAACAUCUCGGAUCACCUCGAAUUCGAAAAUUUCAACCACCAACGCCACGACGACUUCCACCGCCAGAACCUCAACGAGCAAAACCUCUACAACUACUUCAAGCCCGACCACAGCACCAGGAUUUGCCGGAACCCAAACCCGGCUUCCUAUUUCCGCGCAAACGACCCAAAUACUACACCUUAGGGUUCGCCCCCGACUUCGGGGUAAUGAGCGAAGGCACGAAGCCGCACUGGAACGUUAACAAUGCGACUGAAACAACCCUUUGGGAAAAGUAUGGGAAGGAAUGGUGCGGCCUCGAAGUAGAAGUGAUUGACCCCGCCAAUCCCUCGCGCAAAUUCAUUCUCCGCAUCGUCGAUGCUUUCAAUUGGCCUGGAAUGAAAAAGGGCGAUAUUGAUACUAUGAUUGUGGCAUGGGAAAGAUUAGCCGGACGACCGGCUGUUAAUAAGCUGGAUGUCGCGCAGUGGCGCUUGACUGGGACGAGGAAUCCGCAGUAUGCGUUUAAGGGUAGAGGAGAUACCUAGAUGGGUUCUGAUGCGUUGCGUAUAGAGAUAGACUAGUGAAAGACAAAUAUACAGUGUAUCAAUUUGAUUGCUGUGGUAUCCGGGCUGCAUGGCCCUUACAGCGCACCGA